UUCAUCUCGUCAGAAGCCAACAUCAAAGUGCGUGAACCUCGACAGAAUCCCCUUCUUCGCCAACUUUCGAUUUCAACAAACCCACAUGGGAAGGAACCCAAGUAGGUACCACGGUUGGUUGGUACUAGUACCUGUCAGAUCUGCAGCUCGCGAGUGUCUCCUCGGUUAAUCCUUGCAAAUUUCAUAUACCGUCCGUGAUUUGACAUCGCGAGGUGAGGUGUCCCUUUGGUAGAUCGCAACAUGCCAGUGCAGGUCACCACCACCAAGAGCCACCCUUUCAUAGACGGCCUGAAGAAGCUGCCCGAUAAGAAGAAAGAGCUCCAGAAAGUCAGGGCAUGGCUUCUGACCCAACCACACCUACCGGAUAUAUCAGAUGAAUACAUCUUCCUCUUUCUCCAUGCUUGCUUUUACUCCGUGGACAGAACCAAGAUAUGCAUAGAGAACUAUUUCACCCUGAGGAGUUCAACACCUAUGAUCUUCGCUGGAAGAAACGCCUAUGAUCCAAAACUACAGGCGAUGCUGCAGCUUGCGCAUUUAGCAAGAUUACCCAAAUUGACUCCAGAAGGCUAUAGAGUUUUGAUGUACUCCCUAAGAGAUCCAGAUCCGACAAAAAUGAUUUUCAAUGACGCUGUGAAAGGAUUUUGCAUGUACAAUGAUUGCAUACUGUCAGAAGAUGGUCUUCAAGAUGGAUACGUCAUAAUAUUCGACAUGAAAGGAGUUUCUAUAGGACAUCUAGCAAGAGUCAGUCUUCCUGCCCUCAGGGCCUUUUUGAUCUAUAUUCAGGAGGCACAUCCUGCAAGGUUGAAGAGUGUGCAUAUUCUUAACACAGCAUCGUGGAUUCACCAUAUAAUGAGGAUAGUAGUGCCUAUGGUUAAAUCUGACAUGUUAAGUCUCCUGAAAUUCCACAAAGGAAACACACCUGAAGGAAUCCCUUUGGAGAUACUGCCGAUGGACUAUGGUGGUGAGGCCCCCACCAUACAGGAACUCGAUGAAGAGGUCAAGAGUUUGGUGGAUAAGUACGCCGUGUGGUUAAAAGAGACCGAGCUGUUCAAAACUGAUGAAUCCAAGAGGAUCAAGAAAACAACCUGGUGGGGUCUUCUAACAGGCAGCAAUUCAAAAAGCACAGAAAACAUGGACGAGAAGACAUUCUUGAAGAACCUACAGAUAGAUUAGGGACAAUAGUCAUUUCGCAAAUAGCCCAAAAGUGCUCAAAUUUUGUACAUAGUUAAUCUUUUUAUUGAUAUCAUUGUUAAAGUUGAUGAGAAAUGAGUUUAUGAUAAUUAAUUGGUUCAUCUAUUUGUUUAUAUUGGUGGUUUUUUCAUAGUUUCGAGAUUUCUAGUAAAUAAACAUUGGAUGAGUAAGUA